AUGUAUAUAAUGGAUGUCAACCGCAAUAUUCUGGGAGGAAUGCGAUCACAAACAGCCAGAUCGAUAAUUUCCAUUGUCAUAAGCAUAUUGCUAUACUCCAUAUAUUCGAUUGUUAAUUAUUCCUCGAAGAAUCUUCCUUCCAAAUCACUAUUGCCAUCUUACGAUUUCAUAGUCAUAGGCAGUGGUUCUGCAGGAGCUGUGGUAGCGAGUCGGUUGUCCGAGAUAGAAAACUGGAACGUACUCCUCUUGGAAGCAGGUAGCGAUGGAAGCAUUCUAUAUGAUAUUCCUCUUCUUGCCGCCGGUCUGCAGCUCACCGAGAUCGAUUGGAAAUACCAGACGGAACCUAAUGAAAAUUAUUGUAGAGCGAUGAAGAAGGGUCAUUGCCUGUGGCCACGUGGCAAAGCGGUCGGAGGCAGUAGCACUAUAAAUUACAUGCUCUAUGUUCGUGGUAACAAAAAAGAUUACGACAUCUGGGAACAACUAGGCAAUCCAGGAUGGUCCUACAAGGACGUCCUCAGUUAUUUCAAAAAAUCGGAAGACAAUCAAAAUCAGAUUUACACCAAGACUCCGUAUCAUUCGACGGGAGGUUACCUAACUAUCAACGAAGCACAAUGGCAGAGUUCACUGAGUAAGGCGUUUCUUCAAGCAGGACAAGAAAUGGGUUACGAGAAUAGAGACAUUAAUGCCGAACGGCAGACUGGCUUUAUGUUUCCUCAGGGGACCAUUAGACGUGGAAGCCGGUGUUCCACGGGGAAGGCCUUCCUGCGGCCAGCCAGCGCACGUAAGAAUUUACACGUCGCUAUGCAAGCACAGGUUACGAAAAUUUUAAUAGAUCCGUCGUCAAAGAGGGCUUACGGUGUAGAGUUCCUUAGGGACGGAAAAACGAUGCGCGUUCGUGCCAACAAGGAGGUGAUAGUUUCCGCAGGAUCUAUCAGCAGUCCUCAAUUACUGAUGUUGUCCGGAAUAGGACCUGGAGAACACUUAGCGGAACACGGGAUACCAGUGAUUCAGAAUUUAAGUGUGGGUUAUAAUCUUCAAGAUCAUAUAAGUACGGCAGGCGCUAUUUUCUAUGUGAAUGAAGAUACAUCGUUGAAACAGGGCAAGUUGAAUAAUAUUCGAUAUAUUCUAGAAUACGCCUUAUUCGGAACCGGUCCAUUAACUGUCUUAGGAGGUGUCCAAGGACUAGCUUUUAUCAAUACCAAAUACGCGAAUGCCUCGGACGAUUUCCCAGACAUAGAACUGCAUUUUGUGCCAUUGAUUAAGAACACCGACGCUGGCACAAUUUAUAAAACUAUUCACGGUCUGUCCUCAGAAUACUUCGAUAAUGUAUAUGGAAAAUUCGUCGAUACGGACUUAUGGGUCGGGCUUCCUACACUUUUAAGACCGAAAAGCAGAGGUAUCAUGAAGCUUCGAAGCAACAAUCCCUUCGAUCAUCCACUAAUUUAUCCCAACUACUUCGAAUACCCGGAAGAUCUGGCGAGAAUAGUAGAAGGAAUUAAGUUUAUGGUCGAGAUGACUAAAACUGCACCAUUUAGACGUUAUGAAAGCAAAAUUUUAUCGAUACAAUUUCCUGGCUGCAAGAAUAUUCCUAUGAAUAGCGAUCCAUACUGGGAGUGCGUGAUCAGGUACUAUACCGCGACUCUAUAUCAUCCAGUGGGUACUUGCAAGAUGGGGCCUAAUUCGGAUUCAACAGCUGUAGUAGACCCCCGGCUUCGAGUUCACGGAGUCACCGGACUUCGAGUCAUAGACGGUUCGAUUAUGCCAAACAUAGUCAGUGGUAAUCUUAAUGCCCCGAUUAUCAUGAUCGCAGAGAAGGGUUCCGAUAUGAUAAAAGAGGAAUGGUUGAUGAAAUAGGAUACAGAGUGAGUAGCUGUUCUUGUAAAUUAACUUAAAGCGGCUGCUACUGUUUAUUACACAGUAGACACUUGUAAUUAUAAAUUCAAUAUAAAUUCCCAUUCUAUAUUACGUUACGAACUUAUCAAAGAACAAACACUUCAAGAAGUAGGAGUUGUACGACUUCAGCUGUUACAUACUUUUAUGUGUUCUGGUUCAUUUCUUACAUUGCCGUUGGAAUUCAGAACUUAAAUGUAGUAUCAUGGACAGAUUGCCUAUGAAGUAUCGGGUGAACCAUAAACCAUGUUGCGGAGAAGCUUAAGUGCCGACAGGCCAAAAAGAUUGGAAACUUCGAUGGACCGAGCGGCCUAACAAUGUGUCGUCGGUCCUUCAGUCGACUAGUUACGCGGAGAAAAGGCCUAUGUGACCAUGGCCGCGGACGGUUGCGGAACAUGUACGUGAUGGAGCUAUGAGAAAAGACAAAGGGAUGCUUAAGGGAGAAAGACAAAUCAACAGGCAGUCGUUAGUUGAGAAGGAGUGUUGUCAGGGUUGUCGAAGAGGAUGGUCCGCACGUGAGAGAACGCAGGAGAAACACGCGCGAUUCGCAGCAGCAUCGUGACAAACACUAUCAAAAAGCACAUGUUGGUUCAAUAUGUAGUUUUAAUAUGUCGUUUCAAGAAAUUGCAGACACGUGCAUGUGGCCAGAAGCACAGAAGGCAAUUUAUGCGAGAAAACUAUUAAAAGGAUCAGCAAGGAUAUUUUCGAGUUUCGACUGCCAUCCUAGGACUUGGCAUGAAUUGAAGCGAGAACUAAUAAAAGUGUAGCGGCACAUGAGUCAUCCCCCGACGGUACUCCCCCAACCAGUAUAAAUAAACGAAACACGCUCUCUAGUACAAUCAGUAAUCAGUAUUCAGUAGUGAGUAUUCAGUAAUCAUUACCCAGUAUCCGUAUAUCAAGUAGCAUUGAGCGAACGACGACUAACUCUGUAUUCUGUACUUAGAACGAUUUUAAAUACAUCUGACCAUAUCAAGUAUUAACUCGUUUCAUCGUUUGAAACAAUACGUUUAAUAUCCACCACAAAAGAAUUCUCAAAGAAAAUUAAUAAUUGACAAGUACACCAGAGACUCGAGAAAAUAAAAAAGAGAAACGAUGAAGCAAAGGUAGAAUAUAUCAUAUACGGAAUAAUAGACAAAGAGAGUAACAAGUCUAUACUAUACGGCACUACGUCAGUCAAGGGACUAAGGAAAAGAUUAGUUAUCUAUGAGGAACAAAAGUGGACUGCGAAGCCGGUUAAAACCGGAAAUAACAAGAAGUACAGUCAAUCUGGAAAUAUAGUAAAGGAUAAAAGGUGUUAUAAUUGCGGUGAUAAAGAACAUGUGAGUGCAGAUUGUACGAACAAGUCGAAAGGCCCCAAGUGUUUUAAGUCUAGAGAGUACAAACAUAUCGCAUCCAAGUUUUUUUUUGUUAUUUAAUUUGUACUUUACAAUUUGUCCAGUUGGACAUUUGGUAAAUUUUUCUAACUUAAUUGCUAAAUAACAUGUGGUU